AUGCAGAUAGCCACACUUAAUUAUCGAUAUAAUCCUAAAGAAAAUGUUAAUGGUGAUUCUCGAACAAAAUUACGCCAUCGUCAAAUUCUUACAACAAUAACAAAUCCACAAAAAAAACAUAAAAGACGAUCAUUAUUCUCUGAUCUUAGUACACAUUCAAAUGUUCCAUUACCACCAAUAAAAACUAAGGGUAAACGUCCAAGUUCAAUACGUAUUAAAGGUAGUAGUAUAACAUCAUCAAAAUUAGGUGAUACAUCAGCUUAUUCCGUACCUCAUCAAUCACGUUCACAUAGUCGACAAUCAAAUAGAAGUAAUAUAUCAGGUGCAAGAAGUAGAUCAGUUUCACCUGGAGGACCAUCAAGACCAAUAUCGAAAUUAAAUCGUCUUAAAUUUGGUUAUCCUAUCAAAUUACGCUCAGCUGAAUUCUAUGGUCCAGAUAAGAGUGACACGGAAUUACAUUUAAGGGAAGAAUCAUUUGUUAAUGAUUCUAUACGUUCUGCACAUCAAAGUCGUCGUUCAUCAAUUAUACCGCUCUAUGAACCACUUGAUGAUCCACAUUUAAGAAGAUUUUUUCAAUCACCUGUUAUUUUGGAUAUUGUACGUAAAACAUUAAAUAUUGAUGCUAAUAAUUCAUAUAAACAAGAUGAACGAUCAUCAAAAACUUCCAAGUUUAAAAAAUAUUCAAAAAUAAAAGAUUCAGAUGCACAUCUUGAUGGUGAUUAUCUUCGAUUAGUAACCAAAGGUUCAUCUGGUUAUGGAAAAUUAAAUGGUUAUGAUUGUAUACCAUCUUAUGCACCUGCUCGUAAUUACCGUCGUCGUUCAAGUACAGUGGAUCCAACACUAUCAAGUUCGAAACGUUGGAAUACAAUGGAAUCUGGUUUACAUCGAUCAACAGCACAAGAUAAACAUCAUGCAUCAGCAAAUACAUCCAUAACAAGUUUUCCAACUAGUAAUAGUAAUCUAAUAAAACAAAACAAGAAGAAUCAAUCUCAUAAAUAUGAGAAAUCAAAACAACCUAAACCAAUUGCAACAUCAUCACCAUUAAGACAUCCUUCACGACAUACAGUAGAACAAAUAACAACAAAUACUGAAUUAUCAUCAACAGCCAAAACGGAUGACUAUAUUCCUGAACAUAAAAGUGAAAUUACAGUACCUUCUAAUUUAUCUCAGGAUUAA